GUCACUGUUUGCUCUGUCUGAGCCGCUGAGUCCAUAUAGUCACCCCCCCAUCCCUGUCUCUGCUCUUCUCCCCCCUCUCUCACUCUCUUUCUCAUCCCUGUUUCUCUCUAGCGCUCUUUAUUCUCGCCUGUUGCGUUUGCUUCUGCUGCCGUCGCUUCAACAAACUUAGUCUAGAGAGAAAGUGCUGGGUGAUGGACUGUUGAACAGCUUGUACGUUGCUACAAAGUGAGCUGUGUGUGCUGAUAAUCGACAGAACGGACAGACAUGGGGAAGCAGAACAGCAAGCUCCGUCCUGAGGUGAUGCAGGACCUCCUGGAGAGCACCGACUUCACCGAGCACGAGAUCCAGGAGUGGUACAAGGGCUUCCUGAGGGACUGCCCAAGUGGGAACCUCUCCAUGGAGGAGUUCAAGAAGAUCUACGGUAACUUCUUCCCAUACGGAGAUGCUUCCAAGUUUGCUGAGCAUGUCUUUCGCACAUUUGAUGCUAAUGGAGAUGGGACAAUAGACUUCCGGGAGUUUAUCAUAGCGCUCAGUGUGACGUCACGCGGAAAGCUGGAGCAGAAGCUGAAAUGGGCCUUCAGUAUGUACGACUUGGAUGGAAACGGGUACAUCAGUAAAGCCGAGAUGCUUGAGAUUGUUCAGGCGAUCUAUAAGAUGGUGUCAUCAGUGAUGAAGAUGCCUGAGGAUGAGUCAACACCUGAGAAGAGGACAGAGAAGAUCUUCAGGCAGAUGGACACCAACAGGGACGGUAAGCUGUCCCUGGAAGAGUUCAUCAAAGGAGCGAAGAGUGACCCCUCCAUUGUCCGCCUGUUGCAGUGCGACCCCAGCAGUGCUGGACAGUUCUAAACCUAAGGCAUCAGCACAAUCUUGCUUCUGUGGGUGACUCAAAAUGCCUUUAACUCUCCACCGAGGAGCAGACUGAUAAUGAAGAAUGAGAAGCUGAUGACGAUGAAGUAAAAGGCCUUCAAUAUGCACUGAGGACUUCAAAGAUGAGCGAAGGAGCCACAUUUUCCAGUUAACACCCCUUAGCUAUCUAUCUAAACCCUCCAAAGCCCAACAAAGACUAAACCUGAACCUGAACCUGACCUUUCCGAACCCUUAAAACGGUUAUCAAAAAUCUGCAGAUUGUAGUUGACCAUGGUCCCUCAGUUCUCCUAAAGGCAGAGUACAGUACAAGGAAAGACAACAGUAGGUUGUAUAUACAGUAUAAACUGUAGUCUGUAUCCAUGUCAUUGUGUGGCUCUCGAGCUCCUGCUAGAGCCACAGAGACCCUCUGUCACUUAUGUGUGUAUCAUAGACAGAGUGUGUGCAGAGACGACGAGAGAGAGGACGGUGUUAAAUAACAGCUCUUACUGUAGGUGAGAUCUACAAGAGAGGACUCGUGAAGUUUGUCCUUUAGUCAAAGCAAGUUCUGCUUUUAGUUUCCUUCUUUUUCUACUGUGAGAAUGUGUACGUGUGUUUGUGUAUUUUGCAGACUUGAUAGACUUUGUUUGAUAUUUUGUGCUGGGACAAAAUUACAUGAAAAUGUAAUAUUAUGCUACCAUGCAUAUAUGCACCCCAACCUACUGUUUUGAUUUUGUGAAGUCUCACUGACAUGAAGAAGGAUGAAAACAUCCCUUUACCUAUCAUCUGUUCCAGUGGUUUUUUUUUUAAAUCAGACUUUGACAGAGAGUUUAAGAGAGCGUUGUCACUGCGCUCUAGCUAAGGGAGAAUGGAAAACUAGUUUGUGAAGUCUCUGAGUUCAAUGUAGGUACAUUAAAGUGCACCUAAAUUUGUAAAACUAAAGUCUAGAUUGCUCACUUCAUAACAAAUGUUGUUCAGUAAUUAUUUUUUCAAACCAAGUUUGUUUCUUUAAGCUUAUGCGGAAUGUUGAGCAUGCAAACCAUUUCCUUUUCUGACAUGAGAAGAACAGACUCACUUCUUCAAACUUCACUUUUAGAUGUUCUUAAUUGCCGCAUGUUGAUUCAGUAGUGAACAGUUGGCUCCAGAGGUGAACAGAAUAAAUAACACGUAUGCAUGUGACUCACUCGCAUGUGUGUGUUUUGAUGUAUUUUUAUGGAUAGCAGCAGCUGAUCGGCCAGUCAAAAAUCCGGCUCUGUGCCCGCUUCUGUACGUUAGUGUUUUCAUCGUUAGUGCUACCAGUCGUCAGUGUUACUGCAGCGUGUGAACUGCCAAAGCUGAUAACACUUAGGGAUCAUACUAAAGAGGAGGACCACAAUGCACCACAGUCUUCAUACAUGAAGACACGCUGUUUAAAGGAGAUGCUGAGAGCUUUCUUUGUGUUCAAGUUGGAUAAUUGUGUCAUCAUCAGCUGUAUCUGACUGUACAGACAGAAAUGUACUCUGAUUAUUUUAUUCUUAAGUCAUGAUGCUGAGGAUAAGUUCAGUAGGAAAGCAAGCACACGGUUUACAGUAUUACAAACAAGUCAAUGGCAUGUUAAUGACACACCAGUGUAAGUUCUCAGUCAGUGGUUCUCAACUGGUCUCGCCUAAGGACCCACCACCGACUCCUUAAUGAGCAAUCUCUUCCAAAUUUCUUUCAACCACUCAACUUUACCUAAGGAAAAGUGCUGCAGUCUGGACCUUCAGUAAAACAAAAUAUAUGACAGAACAGAGAGAUUCAGGGGUGACAUACCAUGGAGCAAAAUCAACAUACUGUGCUGUGAAGAAGUUUUUGCCACUUUCCUGUUUUUUGUUUUGUUUUGUUUUGUUUUGUUUUGUUUUAGGUUUUUUUUGUGUAUUCGUCACACUUAAUUGUUUUACAUUUUCUCUGAUUUUAAUAUUUUUUUCAAAUGGUGAUUUUAUUUAUCAGGUAAUUAAGCCAUCCAAACCUACCUGGCCCUAUGAGAAAAUGUAAUU